AUGGCAUUAGUCGAGGAAACCAAGCGGGUUGCCGCCCAGUUCGAAUACACGGACGAGGAUGUGAACAAAGGAGUCAAGGAAUUUCUCCGCCAGAUGGGUGAGGGAUUAGAGAAGGACGGAACGAGCCUGAGCCAAAUCCCGACAUACGUCACUGCGGUGCCCAAUGGUACUGAGAAGGGUGUAUACCUUGCUGUCGACCUUGGAGGAACCAACUUCCGAGUGUGCUCCAUACAGCUAAAUGGCGAUACCACGUUCAACCUCACAUUCUCCAAGGUAGCCAUCCCGAAGGAGCUUAUGACUGCCAAGACUGCCCCCGAGCUAUUUGCCUUCCUAGCGAAGCAGGUCGAGCUCUUCCUCCAAAGCCACCACGGGGACCACUAUGAACACCAUGUCAGACGCCGAAAGACGGUGAGCACUCCGGAAGGAUACAGGGAUGAACAAAUAUUCCGCCUCGGGUUCACCUUCAGCUUCCCAGUCCACCAGCAAGGGAUCAAUAGGGGCACGCUCAUAAGAUGGACGAAGGGCUUCGAUAUCCCAGACGCGAUUGGCAAAGAUGUCUGCGCCCUCCUGCAAGUAGAGAUUGACAAGCUCCACCUUCCCGUUAAAGUGGCGGCUCUCGUGAACGACACUGUGGGAACUCUGAUGGCACGUUCGUAUACCGCUCCUGGCAAGGUCAAGUCCGUGCUGGGCGCCAUCUUCGGUACGGGAACCAACGGCGCUUACGUCGAGAAACUGUCGAAUGUCAAGAAGCCGAUGGAGGGCGAGUUCGAUAAGUCGACCGGCAACAUGGUCAUCAACACUGAAUGGGGUUCUUUCGACAACCAACUCAACGUUCUGCCCAAUACAAGCUGGGAUUCUCAGCUAGACGAAGCUAGCGUCAACCCUGGAAUCCAGAUGUUCGAGAAGCGUGUCUCGGGCAUGUUCCUUGGUGAGAUCCUCCGACUUACCGUCUUGGACAUGCUGAAGAAAGCCGAGGUCUCCCUUUUCAAGGAUGAGAACUCCAGCCACAAUGAUUGGAAGUCGACGACCACCAUUGGCGAAAGCUCGAGCAUCUACACGCAGUGGGGUGUCGAUAGCGCCAUCAUGUCCGUUGCUGCCGCCGACACGACCCCUGAGCUCUCCAUUCUCCGCCAGGAACUCGAGAGCCAGCUUCACGUCUACUCCCCGUCCCUCGAGGACGCCCAGGCGUUCAAGGAGGUCGCCUACGCCGUCGGACGCCGAGCCGCCCGCCUCUCCGCGGUCGCCAUCGCGGCAAUCGUCCUGCAGACGGGGAGCCUCGAGCACUCGGCGGACGAGCCCGUCGACAUCGGCGUGGACGGCAGCCUCGUCGAGCACUACCCGUACUUCCGCGACAUGAUCUACGAGGCCCUGCGCGCCGUCGACGGGAUCGGCGAGGCGGGCGCGGCGCGCGUCCGGAUCGGCAUCGCCAAGGACGGCUCGGGCGUCGGCGCCGCCCUCAUCGCCCUCGUCGCCGCCGAGAUGGAGAAGGCGGCCGCAGAGUCCAGCUACGUCGUUCCCCGGCCGGGAGAGUCGACGACCAUUAUCUAA